AUGAGUUCCUUACGAUUUCUUGACUUGGUCAAGCCGUUCGUGCCGUUCCUCCCCGAGGUUCAGCAGCCGGAGACCAAGAUCCCCUUCAACCAGAAGAUGAUGUGGACGGGUCUCACCCUCCUGAUCUUCUUGGUCAUGAGCCAGAUGCCCCUCUAUGGCAUUGUGUCAUCGGACACGUCCGACCCGCUGUAUUGGCUCCGGAUGGUGAUGGCGAGUAACAGAGGAACACUGAUGGAACUGGGUAUCACCCCUAUCAUCUCGUCUGGCAUGGUCUUCCAACUCUUGGCUGGCACCCACAUGAUCGACGUCAACCUCGACCUCAAGUCGGAUCGUGAGCUCUACCAGACCGCUCAGAAGCUCUUUGCUUUCGUCCUGUCAGCUGGCACCGCUACCGUCUACGUCUUCACUGGUCUUUAUGGGCCGCCUUCCGACCUCGGUGCUGGAAUUGUGUUCCUCCUCAUCCUCCAGUUGGUCAUUGCCGGCAUGAUUGUUAUCCUGCUCGACGAGCUUCUCCAGAAGGGAUACGGCCUCGGAAGCGGCAUUUCGCUGUUCAUUGCUACCAACAUCUGCGAGUCGAUCAUGUGGAAGGCAUUCUCCCCGACCAGCAUCAACACUGGCCGCGGCCCCGAGUACGAGGGUGCCGUCAUCGCCCUCUUCCACCUCCUGAUGACCUGGCCCAACAAGCAGCGUGCCCUCCAGGAGGCUUUCUACAGGCAGAACCUUCCCAACAUCAUGAACCUCUUGGCCACUCUUCUGGUUUUCGCCGCCGUCAUCUACCUCCAGGGCUUCCGUGUUGAGAUCCCCGUCAAGUCUUCGCGCCAGCGUGGUGCCCGCGGUUCCUACCCCAUCCGCCUCUUCUACACCUCGAACAUGCCCAUCAUGCUGCAGUCUGCCCUUUCGUCCAACAUCUUCCUGAUCAGCCAGAUGAUGUAUUCGCGAUUCUCGGAGAAUCUUCUCGUGCGCCUGUUCGGUGUCUGGGAGGCCAAGGAGGGAUCGUCUCAGCUCUCUGCCACCUCUGGUCUCGUCUACUACAUGUCUCCUCCCCUGAACUUCAAGGAGACUCUCCUGGACCCCCUCCACACCGUCGCCUACAUUGCCUACAUGCUUACCGCUUGUGCUAUCUUCUCCAAGACGUGGAUCGAGGUCUCCGGCUCCAGCCCUCGCGACGUCGCGAAGCAGCUCAAGGACCAGGGCCUUGUCAUGGCCGGCCACCGCGACCAGAGCAUGUACAAGGAGCUAAAGCGCAUUAUCCCCACGGCCGCCGCAUUCGGUGGUGCCUGCAUCGGAGCUCUCUCCGUUGCCAGCGACCUCAUGGGAGCUCUUGGCUCGGGAACCGGUACUCUACUCGCCGUCACCAUUAUCUACGGCUACUUUGAGAUCGCGGCCAAGGAGGGCGAUCUUUCAGGGAUGAAGGGCAUGAUAAUGGGUUAA